AUGAAUAAUGGGAAAAUGAUGAAAACGCCUACGCCAAGUAUUGACAGUGUGAAAGUGGCUGUACGAGUGCGGCCUUUUAGUCAGGUUACAUUCAGUAUGCUGGAAAUUUACAACGAACAGGUAAGAGAUUUGCUGUCCAGAACCAAGAAGCCUGGAGGGCUCAAAGUAAGGGAAGAUCAACAGCUGGGCUUCUAUGUGGAGGGUCUGAAGACGGUGCCCUGUGAGAGCUAUGCACAAAUUGAAAGGCUGAUGGAACAAGGGACGAAAAUCAGGACCACGGCUUCGACCAACAUGAAUGUCAGCAGCAGCCGAUCGCAUAUGGUCAUCACCAUUCAUUUCAAGCAGCUUCAAGAAGGCACCUCCUAUACUAGCCUGAUCCAGGUGUGCCUCUGCCUGGUCACAGAUCUCUGUACCAUCAACAAGACAGAGCCAAGCCCCGCUACAGCCUCGCCCCCGACACCGCCAACCUGUUGCUUAAACACCUCCCUCCUUCCAGAGCAGCCAGCCUAUUCGCUGGCAGAACACGGGCUCGGGCCUCGUGCUGAUCAGCUGACCUGGGCGCACCUGCUGGCGCAGGCCCAGAAGGAAUGGCAGCAGCACUACGUGGCCGUCGCCCAGGAGCGACAGAUGGUGAAGACCUUUCCUCACCUGCUCAACGUCAAUGAGGACCCGCAGCUCACUGGGGUCCUCAAGUACUUCAUUCAGGCUGGUUCAUGUGAUGCUGGUCAGGCUGCUUCAAACACCAUCACUCUUCAAGGUCUGGGAAUUUCAGAUAAACACGCUUCCUUCACAAAUUUGGAUGGUAAAGUGAGUGUCACUCCACACAGCAAGUGCAAAGUGGUUGUGAACGGCGUGCCCAUCACCACCAGGACGAGGCUGCAGCAUCUGGACCGCCUUAUUUUGGGAUCCAACAGUGCCUACCUCUACAUCGGGUUUCCUGCUGAGCGAGGCGGUGAGGACUUGAGCAGGUUUGAUUACGACUUUUUCCAGCUGGAGAGAGCAGCUGCGGAGGGAGUGAGUGUGGACAAGCUCGGUGCUGGAAACAGCGGGGAUGGGAAGGCAGACCCCAGCGUCCUGGCUGUGUUCCAGGACUACGUCAAACUGAUGCCACUGGUCGCAGAAGCAAAUCAAAUGAGUGAAGAGCUGAAGAAGGAACUUAAAAUGGAACUGAAAGUGAAGAAUUUGGCGUCGUCAGAUUCCAGGGGCAAUGACCUACAGAAAGAGGUCAUGGUGAAGGUGACCAACCAAAGGACUCACGAGGUGUGGAUGUGGUCGAAAGCCAAGUUUAUCAAUAGGAAAUUCCUAAUGGAAGAGCUUUACCAGCACUUCCUAGAUGGAGAGGACAAGCGCGUGGCUCAGGAAGACGACCCCUUCUGGGAUCCUGCUGAGGUCGUCCACUUGGGCUCCGCUCACAUCUGGCUGCAGACGCUUGCCUACUGCAUGAAGCUGGAGGAGCAGGUGGCGUUUCUGAACUGCGACGGCCUGGAGGAGGCAGUGCUGCACAUCCACAUGACGCCCUGCUCCCCGGCGGGACAAGCCUGUGGUGAGGAAGACGUGGUUACUGACCCUUGGGAGCUGCUGGGCAAGAGGAUGGAUUUCCAGAUUCACAUUGUGCGGUGCCUUGGUGCCCGGUGGCUGAAGGAAGAUGCAGAGCGGGGCAUCCAGAUGGGGUACAGAAUUUAUGAUCUUCCACACACUUUAUAUACCAAGCCUGUAUGGAAAGUCGUGAAUCCCCAAAUUGAAGAGUCUGUGCAAUUUACAUCCCUAAAUGCGUCUCAGGACUUUCUGAAUUAUUUACAGACAAACGCUCUCAUUGUUGACUUAUGGGGUCUUCAAGAAGGCUGUACCGAACUGAGCUGCUCUCGGCUGGACCUCAAGGUCACAGGAGAAGGCCACAUCAUGGUGGACACCAAGAAAAUUUCCACUGUGAUGGAUAUAGGCCAGACUACAUCAACCCAGACAUCAGAACUUUAUCUGAAGCUGCUCAAGUUAGAACAGGAGACGGAGCUGCUCAGAAACAUUAACAGAGCCCUCAGAGAGGAAAAUGUGUUUCUCAGAGAAUCACUUGAGAAAACUGGUUCUAGUCAACAAGGUGAGAGGCCUCCCGAGAGUUCACAACUGCCAGCAGCCAGAGAGAUGCAUCAAAAGUGCCCUCGGCAAGCCAGCUAUGACGGAGAAUUUGCCAGAGCUCUGAAAGUCUUCUACCAAAGCAUGAAUGUGGCCAGGGGGCAGUUCCUCAAGCUGAGACACUACAAGCCUCCUGAAGACAAUCAAAUGCUUCGGCCAUUUGUACACCAACAGUCACAAAUGUUAAGGGACUUUGGGGACCUACUUGAAUCCAGCUUGUGGAAACUGAAAAAUGAUGUAGCUCUUAUAGUGAAAAAGAAGAGAGAAUGUUUAUUGCAUAGCGAAUAAUGAGGAUAUACCAACUGAAAACACUGCACUUUGCGCCAUGACGAUUACUUGGGCUGCUAACGAGCGUAAUGAACUUGGCUAUCAGAGCUGAACUGUGGACUCAAUUUCCCAAUUACUCAACCUAUUUCUUCUACCAUUUUAAAGCAAACCUCUUCUUCAUUUUGAUUUAAAAUAAAAAGGGAGUCUCGCUCGAAGGCAGGAAAAUCUGGGCUGGUGAUUUCUGCUUCAUACCUGCAGCCCAGGGGCUUCUGGGAAAGCCUAGGGUUCUGCCUGCAGCUUAGGUCCUGACUGAAUAUACACAUAUGAACCAAAAUAUAACCUGUACCCUCAGAGCCCAAGUAUGGAGCUCCGGGUGGUGAUGGCAGGACCAGGGGUCAGCAAAGUGUCAUGGAAUCGUGUGGCAGAACAGCAGGGAGGCUGUGGGAAGGAAGUAGGAACACCUUCUCCCUCUCGAACUGAGCCUCAAAGUUCUGGGACAAUUUGCGGAAAGUGUACUGCUUGCUUCAAGUGAGUAAUAUACUUUCUGCAAACGAGAACAGGUAAAACCUUGGGGGGGUGGGUUAAAAAGAAAAUUAGGGGGCGGCCGGUUAGCUCAGUUGGUUAGAGCGCAGUGC